AUGGCUUUUGCCACAGAGGCCACUCGCUGGCGAGCGCUAGUUACCCGCGAUGCCACUGCAAAUGGCCAAUUUGUCUAUUCGGUCAAAUCUACCAACAUCUAUUGUCGACCGGCGUGUCCAGGGCGCCUGGCUCGUCGAGCAAAUGUUGGGUUUUAUGAAACGCCAUUAGAUGCAGAAGCUGCGGGUUUCAGAGCAUGCAAAAGGUGCAAGCCCAACACCGUCAUUGAGGAUCCACAGGAGCGUGCAGUAGAGAAAGCAUGCUCGCUCAUCAAGGAAGCGUUGAUGGAAGACGAUUCCAAGAUAUUCCGGCUACAGGACUUAGCAACUAAGGUGGGCCUCACUCCACGCUACUUCCACAAGAUCUUCAAAGACAAGACUGGUUUCACGCCCAAAGAAUACGCAACAUACAAACAAUCUCGCCGCAGCAGCUCUAGUACAACCCCGGUAUUGCCGACACCGAUAGAGAGCAGCAUGCCAGUGUGUGGCUCCAGCAUAUUUGAAUUCGAUGAUAUGAUAGAUUAUGGAGUCGACUCAGACGGAGAAACGACACAUGCAUGUUUUGCAGGGCAGUCAAAUCCUGCCCUAGAGACAGGUGCUGAGAGCUAUGUGAACGAUGCCGACCAAGCCUGGUUUACAGAAUUUCACAUGAUGAACGACACCUUACCAAUCUGCGCGUCCGUGGGUGAUUGGCAAGUAGAUCCUCUUGCAACACUGCAAAACCCUACCAUGCUCUACGACCACAAGUCGACAGCAACUGUGUCCACCUUUGAAAUGGACGCAGCUGCUCUGCUCAAUUGCGAUAACAUCUCAAGAAUUAUCCCAAUGCGGAGCUAUUUCGAUAUCACAGUCCAUCGUGUCUAUCUUUCAAAGGGCCGCGCCUUCUCGGAGAACGCUUUCGCCCGUAUUGUGAAUGCGCGAAGGUUGCGCGAGCUGGCAGGUUUACAUAACGAUCCUGUGAUGUUCAUUGUUAGCCGAAGCCCCAAAAAGACACCCAUACCUUUUCCGGCUCUUCCUAAAGAUGUAAUGGUCGAUGUAAUUGUCAUCUUUGAGCAUGUGCGCAGUGAAAUCCUGCCUGAAGAAAAGCUUGUUUUCGGAAGAAGGAGGCUGCGAAUCCCGAAGAUCAACCGCAACUAG